AUGUCGGCUCAGAACUCCGCGGGUAUUCAGACCCUUCUCGAUGCUGAGAGAGAAGCCCAGAAGAUCGUGCAGAAAGCCAGAGAGUACCGUACCCAGCGGAUAAGAGACGCCAAGUCAGAGGCCCAGAAGGAGAUCGAGGAAUACAAGAACGAGAAGGAAGAGGAGUACAAGAAGUUCGAGGGCGAGCACUCAAGCGGAUACAAGGUAUCCGAGGCGGAGGCCGACAAGGAAGCCGAGCUCAAGCUCCAGGAGAUCAAGGAAGCCGGCAAGAAGCAGGGUGACAAGGUGGUCGCAGACCUCAUUCGUGUGACGACCGACGUCAAGCCCGAGGCGUCUGAGAAGAUCAAGGCAUAA